UUCCGCUUGGAGCGCUUCUAUCAACAUGACUCAUUUACAGCACUUUUGAAAGCAGUUCUACUGGAUGUGGGCAAUUCAUUAAGGCUAGAGGCAGGCGUUUUUACAUCACUGCUGACAAUGUUUUGCCCUUCUUGUUACUGCAAGCCUUCUGCUCACAAAUGUCACAAAGAUAUUGAACAUUUCCAUGUCCAGCUCAUCCAACUCUUGGAAAAGUGAUUCAUCAACUUUGACAGCAUCUCC